CGGCCAUUCUUGCGGAUACAACAUCAUUUUCUGUGAAGUGCUAAUUUUUUAUUAAAUUUCUCACAUUAAACUCACACUAAUUGUUUAAAUUCAAUUAAAAACCGAACGCUCUAAUGCGAUAUUAACAAGUUAAUAUACAUUUAUUAAUUAAAACCGCCGCUGAAUCGCUAAAAUAAGUGAAAAACUUCGGAGCCAAUCCCCGCGACCAACCAAAAACUCGCAGCUUACGUGAAAUUUUUUUCAUAUAAAUGGCGUCUGCCUCUGCCCAUCAUCAUCAUCAUCAUUCAUUGCAAGAAUAAAGACGAAAAAUAAAGAAAUUCCGUGUGUAUAAAUGCUCGCUCUACAGAGAAGGGAAAAUCCGAAAAGAAAGAAUCUUUCGAUAUUUUUUCACCUACUCCAAAACAUGUAUGCAAAACUUUUGUUUUUCUAUUUAAUUUAGGUAUCUUUAAAAAAAAAAUUGUUAUGCAGUAGAUCGCAUUAAGUUUCUUGACAUAUUUGCUUUUUUCAAUUUUUGCUGUGAACCCAAAAAUCAAAAAACCCAAAAGAAAAGAAAGGAAACCAACGAAUCCCAAUAAUUUUCCCCUAUUUCUAUCUAACAAAUCCCAUUUCCCAUCCAUAAUCACAAAACACUAUUAUUGUCUCUUUCACUCACCCUUGUGCAGCAAAAGAAUUUGACGGAGAUAGCAAAAGUGAAAAAUCCCACAUUUUUGUUUUGGUGUAGAGACCUGCUAAUUGCCUGUUGAAAAAUUGGCGCUGCAAUCGCUUCGAAGGGGAAAGUGAGCACUCGUAAAAUAAUAAUAAUAAAAAAAUAAUUAAUAAAACACCAAAAACCAAAACAAGACAAGAAGUGACGAACACAAAAACCCUUCGCCGCGUGUCUUGUCUAUCCAUUAUCUAUCUAGUGUUUUUAUGUCUGGUCUGUCCAGCAGUUGAAAGUUGAAGUUAAAAACAAAAAGAAUUUAUAAGAAAAUAUAAGACAAUAACUGACAUCAAUCCCAACAAUUAUCCCAAAGAACCCAGACAAGAACAAACGUUAUAAUUUUCUGCCAAUCAAUCGUUUAAUUUGUUUUGAUUGCAAUUUUUCGUGAUACCACACAAAAAUAAAAAUAUUAUUUUACUUAGACGAAAGUGAACAUUGGACCUCGUCGCAUUUGUUUUUGUUCUUGUUUUUCUUUCUCUGAAUGAACUCAAUUUUCGUUUUGUUUUUCCGAUUUUCCGAUUUUCCGAUUUUUCUCAAUCGCGGCUAUUGUAUAAUCACAACAAUAGUGCUUUAACGCGACAGUUGAUAACUGGGGCUAAAUGGCUGCCAUAAGCAAUGCAUCAUCGGGAAGUGGCAAUAUCAGCAGUGGAAUUCCUCCGCAAUCGUCGUCCUCGAGCAGCAGCAUCAGCAAUUCCGGCGGCGCACCCAACGAGGUCAAGGAGAAAGACAGCAUUUGGUAUUUCACAUCGGAGCAACUGGCGAAUUCGCCUAGCCGACGACAUGGCAUCAGUCCCGACCAGGAACUCUCCUAUCGGCAGAUGACUGCCUAUCUUAUUCAAGAAAUGGGCCAACGAUUACAAGUAUCACAACUUUGUAUCAACACAGCAAUUGUUUAUAUGCAUAGAUUCUAUGCAUUUCACUCGUUUACGCACUUCUCUCGUAAUGGCAUUGCGUCGGCGAGUUUGUUUCUAGCAGCCAAAGUCGAAGAACAACCUCGCAAAUUGGAGCAUGUGAUUAAAGCUUCACAAAAAUGCCAAACGCAGCCCCCAACAGUACCACCGGAUGCCAAUUACAAUGAGCAAGCUCAAGACUUGGUCUUCAACGAGAAUGUUCUUUUGCAGACUUUGGGCUUCGAUGUGGCCAUCGAUCAUCCUCAUACGCAUGUUGUGAAAACAUGUCACCUAGUUAAAGGUAAAUCCUGCAAAGAUUUGGCUCAAACAUCGUACUUCCUUGCGUCGAAUAGUUUACAUUUAACGUCAAUGUGCUUACAGUAUAGGCCAACGGUAGUUGCUUGUUUUUGCAUUUACUUAGCUUGCAAAUGGUCAAGAUGGGAGAUACCUCAAUCGACAGAAGGUAAACACUGGUUUCAUUAUGUCGAUAAAUCGGUAACCAUGGACCUAUUGAAGCAGCUAACAGAUGAGUUUAUUGCAAUUUAUGAAAAGAGUCCAGCUCGACUGAAGUCAAAAUUGAAUUCAAUUAAAGCUCUGGCACAGGGUGCGAGCAAUAGGGCCGUGAGUAAAGAUAAAAAAACUCAAGGUGAAGAUUGGAAGAUGGGUGAUAUGCUGAAGCUAUAUCAUUCCUCUAUUCCAACUGACACAUCGUCUAAUGGUGGCGGCAUGACAAUGGAUCAGCAAGUGCAACAAUAUCAACAAGAACAGCUCCAGCAACAACAGCAACAGCAGCUGCCACCGCCGCCUCCAUCGUCUUCGUCACAGCAGGCAAGACGAUCAGAAUCGCAUUCUAGUCACCAUCGACCACAUCAUUCCUCCUCAUCGCAUCAUCAUUCCAAGCAAAUCUUGCCACCUAGCGAAAUAGGAGUAGAACACAAACCGGUCAUACAUAAGCAACCGUAUCCUACAGUUGGUCGACAGCGAGAUCCCUCCCAACCAUAUCCACCAGUUUCUGGUCAUAGCAGCAUUAAACAAAUGCAGCCACCAGUUCAGCCGCCAGCAGGCUCUUCACGUUCGUCAAGUUCUCAGAACCGUCCGCCUAUAGCAGCUAUCUCACAAAUACCCCAACGACCACCGCCUCAAGCACACGAUCCAAACUACCACAAGUCGUCAAGUCGAUCAAGUGUACCGGCUCCUCCUCAACUAAAUCCGCCUGUUGCAGUUCCCAACCAUAAGAUGAUGUCGAAGUCUGAGUCGAGCAGCAGCAGUAGAAUGCUACACAAGGAUCCAAACAGCAGAUUGGUAGAUCCUAAUAAAAUUUCUUCUGGAAAAGCUUAUCCGCCGACGUCUACACAAAACGUCGGAGUGGAUAUGACUCGCAGCAUGCUGCAGCAGAGCAUUAUGCCCCAACCGCAGCAGCAGCUUAGGCCUUAUAAUACUCAAGCUCCAAAUAAUACACAAGCACCUCCGUCGUCUUCAAUUCAUCCCACAGCAUACCCGAAUAGAACUACUAGCAUAAGCAACAGCAAAUAUGAUCAACAAUUAUCCGUCCAAAUGCAACAGCAACAACAAAUAAUCCACCAGCAGCACCAAAAGCAGCAGCAACAGCAACAACAACAACCAAUAAUCGAGUCUUCCUAUAAUACACAGCAGCAACAACUCACUCAGUCCUCCUCGAUGCAGCAGCACCCGCAGCAGUAUUCAAGGCAACAAGUGGAGGAUAAUUACAGCAAACAGCAACAGCAACCUCCACAACUACAACAACAAGGCGACCAAAUGGAGCUCUGCUCGCCACCCAAGUAUUCUCAGUACACUUCGCAGGGCUUCAUUCCUAAUGCUCAACAACACCAACAACAGCAUCAACAACAACAACAACAGCAACAGCUUGCGUCAAAGCAAUCAUCGAUCUUUAGUCCUGAAUACAUAGAAAAGGUACCUCAGAGUGCGACAAAUAAUGGCGGCAGUAAGAUAGGAGGUCAUAAGACUUCUAGCCGGGACAGUCCGAAGAAGUCAGAACGCAGUACACCUAAAAAGGACAAGAGUCGCUCCUCGUCCUCGAUGGUAGAUGUGAAUACCACAAUGUCGUCACGCCAACCACCACCUGGAUAUUGCAAACAGCCGAAGCAAGAACAAGCCUCUGUGAUACCACCGCCAUAUGGAGCAACUAACUACGGAGUUGUUAAACGUCCAUCCAGCAGUAUGGACAUGAAACAAGAAGAAGACCUUAUGCUUCGUGACUCUAAGAUUCGUAAAAUUGAAAUGAAUCCUGUAUCCCCGCCGUCAUCACUCAAAACGUCCUCGUCAGCGUUCCCUGGUGGAACUGUGAAUGGAAUUGAAACGAAUCCCGACUUGGUCAGUAGCCUUCUCAAGGAGAGUUUGUGCUCGACGAGUGGCUUCAUCAAGACUGACACACUCAUUAAGUCCGAAUAUCAGGAUCCAAUGCAACUUUUCGAUCCCACUAUGACCACUCUGCCUGAACAAAUCCUCCAGAGUAAUCCACCUGCAGCUAUCAAGGAAGAGCAAGUUAUCUCCGAGGUUAUCAAAAUGGAAGACCAAAGUGCUGAUUCUGUGAAGCUUGAGAAAAAGAAGAAAAAGGACAAGCACAAGCACAAAGAGAAAGACAAGUCCAAAGACAAAGAGGAACGUAAAAAACAUAAAAAAGACAAAGAUCGCCAUAAGGAUCGCGAAAGGGGAGCAGAAGCAUCUGAAUCCUCGGAACCGGUUAAGAUCAAGAUCAAUUUAUCAAAUUCAUCGAACGAAUCGAGUGUGAGUGGUGUUCCACCACCGCUGGGAUUCAAAAUAAAAAUUCCUAAAGAUAGGAUCUUAGGUGAUAUAAGUGCACCUAUGAGUGGCGGUGGUGCAGGGGCAGGAGGAGUAGGCGGAGUUAACUAUGAUGGAUCGGCCGGAUCUGCAGCUCCACCACUUAAAAUCAAAAUUUCCAAAGAUAAACUCGACAGUAGCUACUCAAGUGUGGGCAACAUGGAUCAGCAAAAGACAAUGGGAACUGGAAUUCAAGGCAUGAGUGGUUAUCACCAGCAUCAUGGAAGCAGCGGUAGUAAUAGCACCAGCGGUGGUAGUAGUAGCAGCAGUAAAAAGAAGGACCGAGAUCGUGACCGUGACCGAGAAAAGGAAAAGAAACGCAGUAGUCAUGAUCACAGUAAAAUGAACGGCAACAGUAGUAAUGGAGGUGGUGGCGGCAAUGCCAUGGCACCUGCAUACCCCACAGCAUCAAUGACUUCGUCUUCUAGCAAUUCGACGAAUUCGUCAUCAAAGGGGCAGGCAUCAAAUAAGUUUCAUGCAGCGCAGUUUUAAAAUAAAAACAAAAUGAAACAAAAACAAAAACAAAUAAAAACAUAAAAUUUCAUUAAAGAAAAACAAAAAAACAAAAAAAAAAACAUGUAACAAUAUUCGAUGAAUACGCAUGCCCUCUUCAGUGGAUCUAAAGAGUUGUGCGUUUCUAAUCUAAGUAGAUUUUUUUUAAAUUUUUUCUUUUAUUAAUUAAUUGUUCAACGCUUAAGCUGUUGUUUUUAUUUUUUAAUUUACAUGAUGAAAGAAAAACACUAUAUUUAAACACAAAAUAAUAUUCAUAAGUAGUAAAAUUGUUAAUAAUGAAUAUAUAAAGAAAAAAAAAAGAAUGUUCCUUCAUUCCAUGUUUAAAAAUUACAUUAACAAACAAAAAAAUAUAUACAUUUAAAAUAAUAAUAUAAUAUAAACUGUAUAAAAGCUAAAUUAAAAUUAAUUUUUACUGCUUUAUUUGCCUUUUAAGAAAGAAAAUACGUAUAUAUAAUUUUUUUUAAAGAGAAAAAUAAAAUGUUAGUUUUUAUUUUACUGUUUCUUCUUUUUGUAAAAAGGAAAUCAAUUAAAAAAAAAAACUUUAUUAAAAGAAUAAGUACAUAUAUAUGAAAAAGAUGUUCAAGAGUGCAAUGUUUUCUUCAUUUUGUUGAUUUAUUUCUUUAUUAUUGGACAAAAAAAAAACUCGAUAGCAACGAUAAAUUUGAAGGAAGCAGAAUUAUUCGAUCCUGUUAGUUCUUAUUUGUUCAACAAAGAUUUGGUAAUUUUAAAAUAGUGAAAAUUUAACAGCAACACUAUAACGGAAAUGCUUCGUUUUAAAAAAUAUUUAGAGCAAUGAACUUUUAAAAAUUGUUUCAUUUUUUGAAAAAAAUAAUUUAAGACGAAAAUGUCUUUUUAAGUUUCGAAUAGGCUUCUACAUAAGUCUUAUCUUUAUAAUGAGGUAUGCUUUGAGUGAGUUAUGUUUGAAAUCUUCUUAGUAAAUAGUAAGUUUUAUGAAAAUAAAUGUUUUACUAUACGAGGACACUUUAUGAACUUAGAUUUUCGUAAACAGAAUGCAUUUGGUUAUGGAAAGUUGUUUUUUGUUUAAUAUAUACCUUAAAACAUGGCCUCAGUAAGGAUCUGUGGAUGUUAUCAGAUUGAAGAUCUUAAUAAUGGGGUUUUAGCAUGAAACACGAAACAAGCGUUUUGAGUUAUUAAUUUGAUUCAAUAGUUUAAGAAAGGAACAUUUUAUAAAAAUGUUUUAUUUGUUGUUUUGUGAUAAAAAACAAUUAAAAUAAGAUAUUGAAUAAUUAAUUUCUUGCAUCGAAAAAGUGACACUUGAUUUUCAUGCUUCAUUUUACCCAACCGCCGCAGGUAGGAUAGGAAGUUUCGAUCAGUGAAAUAUAAAACCAAAUGUAUUAGAAGUUCUGUCAAUUUUGGAACCCUUUAUUCAAGAACUGACUGUUGUAAUUCUAAAUUAUGAAAAAUGAAAUAUUGUGUGCAUACAGUAUAUACAAAUAUGAUUCUAGGAUUUGAGCUGACUAAAUUUUCGUCAUAAGUCUCAAUAGUUACUGAUCACUUGUCUAGAGGGUGUUGUACUUUAGAGCAACACAUUUUAUAUUUAUUCACUUAAUAUUUUAUAAAUUAAACAAACAAAUAAAAAGAAGUAAUCAAACAAAUUUCUAUCUUUUAUGAAUCGUCAUUCAAUCCUUAAACUUUUUUUUAAAUACCAAUAAAUUUUGUUUCAGUCAAGCAAUGCAAACAUUCUAUGUGGAUAGUUUUCGUCGAUUAAUCAUCAGACGAUAUUUUGUGAAGCUAUUAAUUCUUUAGUAUGGAACAAAAAUAUGGUGUAAAUUGUAUUUUUUUUAAGUACAAUUCUUAUAUGAACCGUUAAACAAAAGCGAAUUAAAACGUCUUUUUUUUAUUGGAAAUUCACAUGUGUGCAUACCUUUGGCUUUGGCAUCCAAAUUAUUUAUAAAAAGAUGGACUAAACAUUAGAACUUAUUCUUCCUUAGCAAUCAUAAAUAAAUAAAAACAUCUUCGGACUAAUCCAAAGAAAUCUGCUUAUCAAAUCAAAUAUCUUUUUCAAAGCGUAUCAACUGUAGUACACUCAUGUACUCAAAAUAAAAAUAUGAUAACCCCAUUUCCGAGCAAGCUCGUCCUUGUUUGAGAGUUUAAAUUUCACUCUUCAAAACUAUUUAAAAAGGAUAACUACUAGUUUGUCAGAAUAGAAAGCUAUAGAAUAUUUUCGUUAGGUAUCUUUGAAUUUGGUUAUUUAGGAAGAAGAAUAUGCACAGUUGCUUUAUUAUCAUUUUCAUUUACUUUCGGGAAUUCAGCGUUUAAUAAAUAAAAACAUAGAUAAAUAUCAGUAAAAUUAUAAACAACAAAAAUAAUAAUUGAUCAAAUUUAAAUUUAACUGAAUAAAAUAAAUAGAAAAAAGUAAAAAAUAUAAUAAUAUAUACAACACGCUCACAUCUCUCUUCAUCAUAUAUUCUCAUACCUUAUUAAUCAUCUCUCUUUCUUCUCCUUGUCUAUCUUAUCCUAAGAUCAUGUAGUUAUUAAGACAUAAUAUAGAAACAUAAUUAAUAACGUAUCUCCUAUAUUGUCCAAUAUAUAAGGUUACAUUAAAUGUAAUUCCUAUUUAUGAUUGAACAAAAAGUUUUGCAUAAAACAAUCACCCUAUAUUCAAAACAUUACAAUAUAUAAAACAAAAUAUGUAUAUUUAUUUACGCCUUAAAAUAAUUGUAUGCUAAAAUAUAUAAUUUAUCUACAUACAUAUAUAAAAAUAAACAAAAGAAAAUCCAAAAAACGCCAGCUGAUAAAGCAUUUUAAUUUAUUAAAAAUAAAAACGAAACAAAAAACACAAAACAAUUGAAAUUAAUUAACAGAAUUAAACAAAUAAAACUAAAAACCAUGCUGAACAUAUAAAAAUAAAACAAAAAAACAUAUAUAUAAAUAAAUUAUGACAAGAUAAUUAGAUAUUGUAACAAAUUUAUAUUACAUUAUAUUAAUAAUCCAAAUAAAAAAAAAAAAAAAACAGAUUAGAUCAACAAAUUGUUAUUGUCUUUAGAGAAAUAAAAGAAGAAAGUACCUACAAAUAGAUGUUUUCACGUUUUCGAGAGAACUUGUUAAGAAAAAGAAAAAUCAAAACAAAACAAAAAAAAACAUAAAUUAAUUAAGAUAUUGUUUAGUUUAAUUUUUUUUUAGUUUCUAAUGCAAUUAAAACCAAUUUAUAAGUCUAAUAUAUAAAAUAUUUUUCAGUUGAAAUUAUUAAAGCAAAAACUCAUGAAAUACUACCGAAAACGAAAAUGAAAUGAAAAUGAAAAAAUGAAUUUCUUUUGCGAAAACAAAAUUAAUAAAUAAUACAUAUAUAUGUACAUAUAUAUUCAACAAAAUAUCAAGAGCAAUAUAAAUAAGUUAACACAAAACACUAAUUAUGUCAAACUAUUAUGAUUAUUAUUAUUAUUAUUUUAAAUUUCUUAUUUAAUUAAACAUACAUUUUAAAAUAAAUUACAAAAUCAAUAUAAUUAUUAUAUGAUGUGAAUGUGUGAUUAUGCCUGAAGUUAUAUAUUAAAACAAA